AUGUCCAGCACAUCAUCGAAAUCAUCCUCCAGGGGAACGACACCCACAAAGCGGAUACUCACCGAACUCUCAGCAUUCUCCUCCUCGCCGCACCCCACAAUCCAAGCUCUAUCUCCAACGUCUCCCUCCAACGUGCUCUCCCUCCACGCAAUCCUAAUCGCCGACCCGUCCCUCUUAGGCUACGCCGGUGGGCGCUGGCUCCUCUCCAUCUCCGUCCCACCUACAUACCCCAUCGCUCCGCCGGAGAUAAAAUUCGUCACGAGGGUGUGCCAUCCGAAUGUAAAGUGGGAGACGGGCGAUAUAUGUCUGGAUUUGCUGAAGGAUGCUUGGACACCUGUUCUUGGGAUUGUGGGCGCCCUGGAGGCUGUGGGGAGGUUGUUAGGGGAGCCCGGCGUGGAUAGCCCCUUAAAUGUGGAGGUUGCUGCGCUGGGCAGGCAGGGUGAUAGUGUAGGUGUGAGGAGUUUGGUGGGGUACUUUACUGGUGAGAACCGAUUUGCGGGGGAGUUGGUGGAGGGGAAUGAGGGGAGAUGA